UAUGCAUUUAUCGCCCAUGUCCUUUUUUUUUUCGUCUCUCUCCUUUCUCUUCGUCCUCUUUCUCUUUUCUCUCUCUCUCUCUCUCUCUCUCUCUCUCUCUCUCUUCUUUCUGUUUCCAGCUUGAAAUUAUGCCGACAUGGCUCCUAACAAAUGGGGUUUGUCUCUGCUUCUGUUUCUGUAAGACUUGAAGCUGCUUCUUCUCUGCUACUGUUACGUGAACUCUGCAUCUUCAAUCUUCAACUAUUUCUUUCAGUUUUCUCUUUUAUCUGAAUCUUUUAGUUCCUGUUGGUGUUCUUUCUAGGCAAGGAUUUAAUUUGAACUAUCAAGAUAUAGCCUAUAAAAUCCAUUGUUGAGAUCAUUUUGGUGGGUUUUAAUGGCGGUGAAAACUCUGUAUUUCAAAGAACAUGAAGGAAUUGUCCAUAAUCCAAUUGGGCAGCUGUCGUCGGUGCCAUCAGUGCCUUGGUGGAGUACUUUUGGAUCUCAAUCUGUUUAUGGCGAAUCCUGUGGGCUAGUCAAGGCUUCUUCAAUAGAACAAUCAUCAACUGGUGGAGACCAACUCACUGCCAUUAAGCAAGCCAGUCGCUGCACUGAGAAAGGGCUAGAUAAAGGGAAUACCACUCAAUUCACAAUCUUUCCAGGUGACUGCAAAACUUCAGAUGAAGGACAAAAAUCUCCUCAGACAGCCAUCUCUCUGCAAACAACUUUGCCAGAAUAUCGUUCUCAUAUUGACCUGGGAUUCGGACAGCCAAUGAUCUGUGCAAAAUAUCCUCAUAUGGAUCACUGUUAUGGAGUAUUCUCAACUUAUGGACCUCAAAUAUCAGGACGAAUUAUGCUGCCAAUGAACAUGACAACAGAUGAUGGACCGAUAUUUGUAAAUCCUAAGCAGUACCAUGGAAUCAUCAGGCGUCGAAAAACCCGUGCAAAGGCUGUACUGCUGGAGAAUAAGUCAACAAGAAAACGCAAGCCUUACAUGCACCUUUCACGCCAUCUUCAUGCAAUGCGACGACCAAGGGGAACUGGUGGCCGUUUCUUGAACACACAGACUUCCAAAAAUGGAAUACAUGAAAUCGAGGCAAAGAAAGCUACUGGUGGUAAAAUAUUUCAGCCAACUGGUUCUCAGAGUUCUGAAGUCUUGCAAUCUGACAGUGGAACUUUGAAUUCAUCAAAAGAAGCAAAUGGUGGUGGAUCAAAUCUUUCAGGGUCUGAAGUCACAAGUAUGUAUACUAGGAGAGAUCUCGAUCACUGUUCACUCAAUCGCCUUACAUCGCAAGUACAAUCUUUCUCAAUCAUGAUGGAUAGUGGGCAUAGCAUUGUUAUGCCCAGUAAGUGGGUUGCAGCAGCAGAUAACUGUUGCAACCUGAAAGUUUAGUAUCAAGGGCAUGGGAUUGGGGCUUGGUGCUUGCACUAUGUACCAACCCCAUCCCUCGAUGCAUCCAAAUGAAAAAGGUCUGUUGUGUUGGCAGGGCUUUGUGUGGAGAUUGACUUCCGCCAUUUGGGUGCUGGGCAAAUCAUUCUUGGCUCUUACGCAUUAAGGUCAUCUCUGUCUUUCCAUGCAAUCCGUUAACUGGUUGAUCAGAGGUGAACAUCUUAAUGUGGUAUUAUAUUAAAAAAAGAAAAAUUUAAGGAAAGAAAAGGACUAGAAAAUAAAAUGGGUCUAUCCCAUCUUGUAAGAAUGAUGUGAAAGUCUGGUUGUGUGUUUGUUAUCCUACAUUAUGUUGAAACAUGAUGUUUUAGAUGUUUAAUAUCUUCUGUCUGGCUUAUCACUUCUCAAAAUAAUGUAUUCUGGAACUGAACUUGUGUUAUCACCUCUAUUUCUGUAAUCACCAUGUGUUUGUUAUCCCAUGGAAUUUUAUUUGUGUUA